AUGGCUUCCACUCGCACCGUUCUUACAUACCAGCAUGAUGCGAGUCUGCACACUCUGGAAACCAUCAUAACGGCUGUAUCCCCCUUCAAUGCGGAAGAAACCCACCAACUUUUCAAAGAUGCCACCGAGAAACACCAUGUCAUUAUCACCGAGAAGACCAUCUUUCACCCUCAAGGCGGUGGCCAGCCCUCUGAUACGGGUCUCUUGAAAGGUCCAUCAAGUAGUUUCGCAGUAACAGCUGUUCGCAUGGAUCCCAAUGGGCGAGUACUGCAUCUCGGUGUCUUCGAGGACUCGGCGUCCAUUUUCAAAGAGGGCGACACCGUCCAACAGACAAUCGACGCGGAGAAGCGUCUCCUCUAUUCUCGUUUGCAUACUGCAGGCCAUGUGCUAGGGUCUGCAGUCCGACAUUUAUUGGAAAAAGAAAUUGAGGAUUUCGAUGAACUGAAAGCCUCGCAUUUUCCUGACUCGGCAGCCUGUGAGUUCCGGGGCUCAAUUGAAGGCAAAUGGAAGGACUCCAUCCAACACAAGCUGGAUGGGUAUAUCGCUGCCAAGAUGCCGGUUCAAAUCGAGUGGUGGGAUGAAGAGGAUUUCCGCUCGCGGGGCCUGGAGCGAUUGAUCCCUGAUCGCAGUUUGGUGCCCGCGGGGGAGAAGUCUCGUGUGGUCAAUAUCGUCGGCGCGGAAGUGUAUCCCUGUGGAGGCACGCAUGUAGAUACGACAGAUAUAUGUGGGCCGGUGACGGUGAAGAAGAUUUCAAGAAAGCAAGGAAACUCACGAGUCAGCUAUGUGGUCAAAUGA